AUGUACGGAGUAUGGAAUUUUGGUCACUGGUUGUUGGUGGUGGUGGUCGCGCUGCUAGGUACUCGUUGUGGUGGGUGGUGGGUAGUGCGCGAUGUGAAGGUCCUAUUCUGUUUUCCCUUCCCUUUCUUCCUUUUCGAGGGUGGGUCAGAUAUUCGGAAAGUGAAGGCAAAGGCGCAGGCGCAGGUUGACGGGCCGACGAGAAGUCUUGGCCUGGCGGCUGGGACACCCGGUUUGCUGGCCUGUAUGUACUGUACGGAGUACUGCGUAAGGUACUCCGUAGUGUAG